AUGAAUGGCGACGACGAAGAUUUUGGCCCAGAGAUGCCCCCGGACGACGACGAGGAUCGCUUCUUCGGCGGGGGUCUUAGCAAAGAAGAAUCGCAAAUCAUUGACUACGUGGACGACGCAGAUGACGGGAGGAAUGUUGACAAGAUCGACGCUGGCUGGCUGCGAAAAACAGCCCUUCAUUUUGAGAAACGCAUCUCUAAAAACGCCGAGCUGAGGUCCAAAUUCGAAAACGAGCCACAGAAGUUCAUAGGGAGCGAAGCCGACCUGGACACCGAUAUCAAAUCUCUCUCAGUCUUGGCUGAGCACCCUGAACUCUAUCCCGAGUUUGUCCGCCUCGGAUGUGUUGAUCGUUUGAUCGGCUUACUGGCUCAUGAAAACACCGACAUCGCAAUCGACACAAUAGAAAUAAUCAGCGAGCUUACGGAUGAAGACGUUGGGGGAGACGAGGGCGAGGUGGUCAUGCUGCUCAACGCAAUGUUGGAGGCGGAUUUAUUAGCCCUCCUCGUGUCCAACCUGGGCCGUUUGAACGAGGACGACGAGUCAGAUAGAAGUGGUGUCUAUCAUGCGCUGAGCGUGAUCGAAAACAUCUCUCUACGGGUGGCCACGGCUACGCGCGUCAGUCAAGACCGGGGCAUUUUGGAUUGGCUGCUUCAACGCUUGCAACGCACCGAGUCAAGCACCACGCAGAACCGGCAAUACGUAGCCGAAAUCCUCGCCAUUUUGUCGCAAGCAUCUGCGAAUUGUCGAUCCCAGUUGAUCAAGCUUGACGUCGUGGACGUACUUCUCCAGCUCGUUGCAGUCUAUCGGAGACGAGAUCCCGAGAGAGGCGGCGAUGAGGAAGAAUAUGUGGAGAACCUGUUCGAGGCUGUGACGUGCUUAGUCGACGAAGCCGAUGGCAAAGACAAAUUUGUCGAGGCAGAGGGCGUUGAGUUAUGUUUGCUCAUGCUCAAGGAAGGAAAGAUGAGCAAAGCGCCAGCCCUUCGCCUCCUGGAGCAUGCAUCAACAGGCAGCAGUGCUUUUAAUGUCUGCUGCAAGAUCGUUGAAUCAGGCGGUCUCAAAACGACAUUCUCACUCUUCGCAAAGACUCGUGACCAUCGCCUGUCUAGCCAUCUCAUAGUCAUUUUUGCGUCCAUGCUUCGCGUGUUGCCUGGCGACUCCGCGGAACGAAUACGUACGUUGGCCAAAUUCGUCGAGAAGGACUACGCGAAGGUUGGGAAACUCGUGGAGCUUCGCCGUCACUACAGCCUGCGCGUGAAACUGGCUGAGCAGCAGAAUGCUGAGGAGCGCAAGCUAGCCUCUGAACAGGACGCACCUGACAGAGAGAUCGAGUGGCUUUCCCGGCGCCUCGAUGCCGGUCUUUUCACCUUACAAACGAUUGAUGUUGUUUUGGCGUGGCUCAUGGUCGAAGACAAAGGCGCUAGGUCUAGGGUUGCAGAGGUUCUAGCCCAAGAAGACCUGCCGUUGUCCGUGAUCAAAGCCACACUCACGGAGCAGAUGGAAAACUUAGACACCAGUCAACAACAUGCUCAAGAUUUGAAGGAUAUGCUAGAGACUCUGGUCGAUUUCCUGCGGUAA